AUGAAAUUCUUAUGCUUGUCCCUUUUGUCGAUUUCAGCCUUCUCAGCAUUUGUUCAUGCUGGCCCCAUGGCCGUCAUUGAACAGCUGCGAUUCUUCCAGACUUCCAACCCAGAACUUCGACUAAUUCAAUACAGUGACGAUUCUCCAGCCAAAUGGAUGACAGAACAAGACAAAGAAGCUCUGAUUCGAGCCGGCAUUAAGUUUAUGGAUAUAACUGACUACCGCAAUACCAAUGAUAUUUAUUCCAGUAACGAAGAUUGGACACCUUUUAUUCCCACAGAAGCUAAAUAUCAGGAUGAGGUAUCACCUUUCAUCGGUAAUUUAACGACAGAUACCAUCAGAGAUAUUUUACAAGAGUUUACAUCUUUCCGAACACGUUAUUACAAAUCUUCGUAUGGUGCUGAAUCUUGCAGAUGGCUAUUGAAACAAAUUCGUGAUAUCGCUGAAGGAUUUGAUCAUGUAUCUGUUACUGAAUUCAAACACAGUUGGGAUCAGUUUUCAAUCAUUGCUAGGUUUGAUGGGUCUGAUAAAAACCUUGCCAAUGAGGUUGUUAUUGUAGCCGCCCAUCAGGAUUCUGUUAAUAUGUGGUUGCCAUCUUUUGGUCGUUCUCCAGGAGCAGAUGAUGAUGGUAGUGGUACAAGCACUAUCGUAGAAGCUUUCCGUAGUCUGGUUCAACAUGGCUUCAAGCCUGAAAGGCCUGUUGAAUUUCACUGGUAUAGCGGAGAAGAGGCCGGCUUAUUAGGUAGUCAGGCUGUAGCUGCUACGUAUAAAAGUCAAGGUAGACGGGUAGUGGCCAUGCUGCAAAAUGAUAUGACAGGAUACAUAGGUAAUAAUGGAGAAGUAAUCGGUAUAGUUACCGAUCAUGUGGAUGGAAAGUUGACCGAUUUCUUAAAAACUUUGGUUGACAAUUACGCUGCGAUUCCUUAUGUUCUGACUGAAUGCGGAUAUGCUUGUAGUGAUCAUGCAUCAUGGUUAAAGAAUGGAUAUCCUUCCGCUUUUACAAUCGAAAGCGCCUUUGGCGAUUCCAAUCCCUAUAUCCAUACUACUAGUGACACUAUUGACAAAUUGUCUGUUGAUCAUAUGAAGGAAUUUGCAAAGGUUGCCGUUGGCUUUGCAGUGGAACUAUCGCAUGUCCGUAACUGA